GAUAAUCAGUUGUGAUUUGCAUAUUUGAGCUUGACGCUGUAAGAUUCAUGGAGAUCCGAGCAAAGAAUUUUGGGGGCAUGCAGCAGAUUCCUACAACUAUUAGUCAAGAAUGUCACAUAUACAGAAAUGCAAGACGAAGGCAAAGGAGUGGUAUCCACAAGGAUAUGAGCCAGAAGCAAGUUAUCUGUCCUGAACCUCGACGAGCCCCAGUUGUGGAUUCUCUUGUAGAUGAAUUGCACAAAACUUGUUGCUGGCCACCAAGUAACUCGAUGGUGCAAGAUGAAGGAGAUGCAGGUCGCGAGAUUUUGGACAUAUUUUUAAGAAAGAGUGGAUAUGGUGAUUCAAAUGGAUCUGUUCCAUAUUUUUGUGGCUCCCCUCCUGUUCGUGCUCAUAAUCCACUGGUUAAUGAUGUAAAGUUUGUUCGGAAGGAUUUACCAUCACCCUCUGUCAGCUUGACACAGAAAUCCUCCUGUGGUGCAUCAUAUGGGACAAAUCCCUCUGUGCGGGUGGAAGGAUUUGCUUGUUCAAGCUCAGAAAAACAAUGCAUUGUCCCUGCGCUUGCAUAAGCCUCCACUUCCCUUCGAGGACUGUGGAAAUCUUUUUAGUUCUGUAUAUUUCUGGAAAUGUUGGCAUUCAAGUGCGGUGGUUAUCUGCAUAUGUGCAUCAAAUUAUACUGUUACAGGGUUUGGAGGGGAUUUCGUGCUGAAUGCAACUCAGUUUUGUAUAUCAAAUCAAAUGAGGCGUUCACUGGUGUCAAAUAAUCACUGGAGAAUAUUCUUGUACGCAGGAUUUUAUUUGUGAAAUAGUAGAUGGGGCAAGGGUAGUAGACGCUACUUUGUCUCGCUUGAGUUUUCAUGGAAUUUGAGAGAGUGCUUGAUGGUAUAGCAAUAACUGUACAGUUAGGGAUCUCGUAACUUUGUAAUUAAUAUGUUAAUAUUUAACUGUCUGGUCCCUAUGCAGCUGUAUGCUAACUAGCGAGG